UGAACUUUAUCUGUCGGGCGGCUCAGUCGUUUGUGUUUGCUAAUUUGAAUCGUGCGUAGGUGGAUUUUUGGUUUUCAGCUGUUUUCAGUUUUUCCCAGUAAUGUUUAUCUAAUAAUCUAAUGUAUGUUUUAGCCAAACUUUAGGUGAAUUGUGUAUUUGGAGUGGAAAGGACGAAGAUAAAGAACAUGUUGUUACAGUGGUGAUCGUCAUCAUUAUUUAUGUUUGAGAGUUUGCGUCUAACGCCAAGUAGUGGCUAAGUGAUUUUUUUUCCUCUUUUAAAGAGAAACUCAGCGUGUGGAUCGAGAGUUCAAUCAAUAAAAUAGUGUAACAUCGGCAUGAUUCAAAGAUAUGCAAAAAAAUAAAUGAGUGAGUUAAACUUGUGAGCCAGGGUGCAGUUAGGUACUUGUUGGAUACUCACGAGUGGAGAUUCUAAAUCGCCGGAAAAAUAAACCACAGCCAUGGAAUGAUUUGUUCAAUUUACCAUAAACAUCAACAUCGACCUCUCACAGCCAGCACCAGCUUUCAGGAAAAAGUAUUAAUUUGCAACAGUCGUACCUAAUACACAUUAUUGCUGAUUGACCAGCUUAGAAUAGCCGUUCCGCAACAACGCGCGCAUUCAUUUGUUCAUGUGCUCAAUCGUCCCAGUCUAGCAGAAGUCAUGGACAAGCAAAACGAAGUGCUUCUGAACACAUUCGUGAUAUCGAAGAAAAAAUACCGAGUGGUCUACAAUGCCGGCGUGCUCGUGUGGGAAGCUGAGAACUCCAAGAAGGCAGGAAAAACGUCGGCCCCCGUCUGUGAUAUCGUAUCAGUUACGCUAUCAACGACGGCCAGCGGACGAUCAUCUGUGAAAAAUGUCCCCCAUGCUGUCACUACCACGUAUGGAACAACCUCAAGUACUCAUGCCCCCAUGAAUGAAGAUAUGGAUUAUGAUCGGCUCCCGGUGCUCCCAACAUCAGCAUCGAUAUCAACGAAUGCUACUAUAAACACCGUAACAACCACUACUAACGUUAGCACUAGAGUAAACUCGUACGAUUUGUUGCACAGCGACGUCACCAGUGGGGAAGACAUCCUGAGUGGAAGUAGUCAAUCCCACGGCAACUACCUAAUAAUCCAUUAUGCCAGGCUAGUGUCGCCCAGUACAUGCAAAUGGAGAGUCCAACAGCUGGUUCUGUACAAAAACGAACACAGAGUUACCAAGCUUUGGUACAAUCGUUUAUCAGAAGAUAUCAGAGAGCAAAACCGACCGAAAAAUAUAUUACUGUUUCUCAAUCCUUACGGUGGCAAACAAAAGGCAUUUUCCCUUUUCGAAAAGUAUGCCAAACCGUUGUUCAAAUUGGCCCAUGUUGAUAUCAAUUUGAUAAUAACGCAACGGGCGCAGCAAAUCUAUGACAUUAUGACCUCGCAAACGAUCAAUCUAAACAACUAUGACGGCGUGGUAUGCUGCGGUGGCGAUGGGACAUUCGCUGAGCUUUUCAACGGACUGGUCUAUCGGACGAUGAUUGACAAGGGAAUGGACAUUAACCAACCACCAUACUUACCCAAACCAAGCAUCCCAAUCGGGAUUAUUCCAGCUGGUAGCACUGAUACGGUAGCUUACUGCUUAAAUGGUACCACUGACAUUAAAACCUCCAUCAUCCACAUAAUUCUUGGUCAAACAAAUGGCCUUGACAUUUCCAGUGUGUACCGAAAUUGCGCUGAUAGCGGCAGUGGAGGUUCUAGUCAAGUGCAACCUGCCAAUGAUUUGAAAAUAUCAGACAAUAAUACUUUCGACAGUUCUACCGCUGGUCAUGCUAGAACGCGACCUCAAUUGCUCAAACUCUAUGCCAGUGUACUAUCAUACGGAUUCCUUGGCGACGUGACGUUUGACAGUGAAAAUUAUCGAUGGAUGGGACCUAAACGAUACGACUACUCAGGAUUUAAAAAAUUCUUACGCAAUCGUGGCUAUAGCGGAGACAUCACCAUCCACCUGGAAAUGGAUAUGAUCGAUAACGUGCGUGUUGAUCGGAAUAGUCCGCAUGACGGCGUUCUGUGCUUGGAAAAUUGCCAACGUUGCCAAGCUUCUUCCGCUAAAAUUGCAAAUCCUAUAGACUGUGAAACCGAAACAGUUACCAUCAGUGGAAAGUUCCUGAUGGUGAAUGGUGCUAAUAUUUCCUGUGCAUGCUCUCGCAGUCCACAGGGUUUUAAUCCAUACAGCCACCUGGGCGAUGGCUAUAUUGACCUGAUUUUGGUACGGCAUACUUCGUUUUUCAAUAAUGUAAGGCUGCUGCUGGCGAUGUCAUCGAAACGGAAAAAGAUCAGCGAUUUACCAUUUGUGGAGAUUUACCGGACGAAGAAAUUCAGCUUCAAUGGACGCGUCGUGACUGCACGCCAAGGUCACGGUCACGAUAACGGUGCGGCGAUUGCUGAUGAGUUGGACCGAACCGGUACAACGGCGACGACUAGCACAGACUCAACGAACGACAUUGUGGACUCAACGGCGUCGACCGGCAGCUCGGACGAGAACAAUAAGCUACUGUCCAAGUGGAACUGUGAUGGGGAGAUCCUGAUGGAUACGAAUAUAACAGUAGAGUGCAAUUGCCAGCUAAUUAACGUGUUCCGACGAGGUAUCAGUUGCAGUGAUAGUAGUUGUAAGAAAAAUGACCCAGGCGUAUUGAACUGCUGCGGAGUUUGUAAAUAAUCCCUAACUAACUAACCCUAAGUCACACGUGAUGCAAGACAAAAUGUGCUCUAAUAAUUUUAAGAUGAUUUCCUGCUCUUUUGAGGUUACACUUUAAACAAACCCUGCCUGUGAUUGGUAUUAGAAAAGAAAAACUUAACUUAUUAGACUUUUUAUGUUAGCGUCGUCGUAUGCCUGGACAAAAGUAUUUUUUAAAACAGCGGAACAUUCAAAGUACUACUCUCAAUUCAAACAUGUUUUAGGGUGUGUAAUAAUUAAGUAUUUGAAUUGGUAUUCUACAAUAACAUCAUCAUUCGAGAUGAAUUCCAAUAUUUAAUGCUCUUAUGACAUUCCAAUAUGGUAAAUUCAACUGUAUUGAACAUUUACAACUGCUGAUAGGCUUACCUUUUCCUACAAAGGUAUCGUGUCCUACAUUACCAUUUAGGUAUUAGAAGAAUAGCAUUUUUGCUUUCCAUUCAAGAUACUUGUGAUGAUAGUAUAUUUUGUUUAAGGAUGCUUAUUGAAAAUUCGAGGAAUUCAAUUGGGGCGUUGGGAAACGACAAAGAAAUGUCUUUAAAUAUACAUAACUAAUAUGAUGGGCUGAACAGUUGAAGUAGUUGUACGAACUAGUAAUUGUACUCAAUGAGUCGUACUUGUUAAUCAAAUGGUUAGAUUGUAAAUUCUAGGGAUAUAGUUUUAUGAUGUAGUUUACGUACUGAAUGUUUAAUAAAUAAAUUAAAUUGUUUCUACGAGAAAA